AUGGCUAACAAAUUCAUUCUUGUUCCCGAAGAAAUUUAUAAAGGUCUAACUACUUUUGAUACCGGUGAACCAAAUCUUGAUUUAAUUAGAAAUGAUCUUGAAAAAAUUAAAAGAAAGAAAGAUACUCCAAGUGCAAAAAAUGUAAAAUAUAACCAGGAACUUAGACGGUAUUUACAAAUGAGAAAUGAGCAACAGAAUAGACCUGUCAAAGUAGAAAUGGUUGCUACACCUAAGGGAGCAAUAAUGAGUACAAAUUCUACACGUCCGACUUCUAAUAUAGUCGAAGACGAUGAUGAAAUUUUGACAACAGAUGAGAUUUCUCUCCCGUCUUUUCCUCAAUCUACUAAAGACAUUAAAUCAAUAAUUGAUUUCAAACCCCAAAAACUACCUCAUCCUCCAUCGUUAUCUUCAUCAUCCGUUAAAAAACGCUUUAAGAAAUUGAGGGGAAGCUCACCACCUCCUCCUCCACUACCACCAACUACAAAUCUUAAAUUAAUAAAAAAGGAAAUUGUGUCUGAGCCAAAGAAAAGAUUUUCAAGACCUAAAAGUACAAAAUAUUCAAAAACCGGGAGUACAAAACAAGAUUCUAUUAUACUAUCCGAAGAUGUGCCAAUAAUAUCAACUCAUGUCUUACCUCAACAACGAAAUAUUAAAAGAGAAUUAGAGGAGGGUGAUUUUGAAGGUAUAAAGAGGAAAAAGAUAUAUGACAGCAUAAGGGAACAAGAAAUACGACAAAAAGAGAAUAAAUUGAAGGAAAUCGAUAAGAAACGAUAUGAAAAAAGGCAACAAUUAUUAGCGAGACGUCGAAAGUCGCAGAAACUUAAGGUUCCAAUAGACCCUUAUGUUAUUCAACAAUUACGUAAUAAAGAAAAAAGUGGGGCAUCAAAAGGUUCAAGAAAGGUUUUAAGAGAGGGAAGAUCACCUUCCCCGCCAUUGAGUCGUCAAAAAAUAAAACGAAAAGCAGAGUGGUCACAAGGAGACGGACAUACAAUUGCUAAAGUCCAGAGAAAAGUCAACAAAAAACAAUCACAAAGAGCUUCAAGAUUAUGGGUUAAAAAUCUGAAGAAAAGAAAUUUAGAAUUUCGCUCAUAUAAAAUAAAAAAUAAAUGGGCAACAAGAAAACCGACACAAAAGGAUAUCAACAGAUUUAAACCAUCUCUUUGGUAA